GAGUGUAAAGAGAGUGCCAUAUCAAAGAUCAAUAGAUCAAUAGAUCCUCUGCAUUUCUACUCAUCCUUCCCAGGUCUAAACACGCUGCGUAGCUCCUCAAUAUAUAUUUGCGGACUUAGCUCAACUUUGAAGAUGGUGAGAGGGAAAAUUGUGAUGAAAAGGAUUGAGAAUGCAGCAAACAGACUAGUGACCUUCACCAAGCGUCGAAACGGGCUGCUUAAGAAGGCUUUUGAGCUAUCUGUUCUCUGUGAUGUCGAUGUUGCAGUUAUAGUCUUCUCACAAAAAGGAAGACUUUAUGAGUUCUCAAGCUGCGACAUGCAGAAGACCAUUGAACGAUACCAUAUGUAUUCGAAAGAUAUUCCAACUUUCAAGCCUGAAAUGGAACAACACAUGCAGCACUUGAGGAUUGAAACAGAAAACAUGUUUAAGAAGAUCGAGUUCCUGGAAGUUUCUAAAAGGAAGCUUUUGGGUCAAGGAUUGGGCUCUUGUUCUGUCAAGGAACUUCAAGAGAUUGGUAGCCAGCUAGAACAAAGCUUGAAAAACAUCAGGGCAAGAAAGGCGCAAUUAUACAAGGAGCAAAUACAUCAACUAAAAGCAAAGGAGAGAAUGUUGUUAGAAGAAAAUGUGAAGUUAUGUGAAAAGAUUAGUGUGAUGGUGGGAAGUCAUGGCAACAACUAUGAACCCAACAAAGGAAAGUAGGAAACAAUUGCACUCAAAAUAGCCAAUGCUCGAAGGUUGUGACUGAAUUUUCAUCAGAUUGCCACAAAGCCAUUAAUCAACCGUUUGAGUUAUUUUGUGGCUACAAUAAUUGUGUGACCUCAAAGAAUGCUUUGUAGUUGGUGUAUUUAGUUGAUUAGUCCAUUAGUUUUCUCCCUACCAUUUUCUUAAAUCGAAUAUGAUCUAAAUUAUAUGGUGUAAAAAUACCAUAAAAAAUAUAGUUAAGAUGCUGUG